AUGACGAGGCCACGGGGGUCCUCUAUCAAUAGCGAGGAGAGCGCCUCCACGGCCAGGGAGCAGGAGUUGGGCAGCAUGUAUGAUUAUCUAGCAAAGAUUAUUCUCUUGGGCCCCAGCGGCUCUGGCAAGUCCUGUCUGCUGCACAGAUUUGUCAAGAAUGAAUGGCGGGUCCUGUCUUCGCAGACAAUAGGAGUCGAGUUUGCAAGCAAGAUUAUCAAAGUCGGCACCGGAGCCCGUCGAAAGCGCAUCAAGUUGCAGCUUUGGGAUACUGCCGGAACCGAACGAUUUCGAUCUGUUUCUCGAUCAUACUACCGCGGCGCUGCGGGCGCCAUUCUCGUCUACGACAUUGCGUCACACGCCUCCUUCCGCGGCAUCCAGCCCUUCCUGAACGAUGCUCGAGCCCUCGCAUCCCCGAAUCUGAGCGUCAUGCUUGUUGGAAACAAGGUCGACCUUACUGCCGAAGACGAAGACAUGCCGCCGCCGACGCCGAUAACGCCGAGCAGCUAUGGCUCGACGUACACCAUCACGCCGAGCUCGGCAUCGACUACCAACACGAUUAGCAGCAUGAGCACUAUUCGAAACAGAGACCAUGCUGGAUCCGUCAGCUCUGCGACGCAGCAGCGCGCCACAGUGGCCCUGGAUGGCCGCGAGGUGUCUACGGCAGAGGCUACCAGAUGGGCUAGCACUGUCGGCAUAUCCGUUGUUACAGAGGCUAGCGCGUUGAACGGUGAGGGCGUCGACGAAAUCUUUGAACGACUGGCGCGUAUGAUUCUCACCAAUAUUGAGCUGGGCGAUAUCGAUCCAGAUGAUCCCAUGAGCGGCAUUCAGUACGGCGAUAGUGGCGGCUGGAACACGGCCAGCGAUGGGGCGAGCAUCAAGAGCUCCAUGACGGGCGCGACGGUGGACGAUGGUCUGCGUCGACGAAGAAAGCCCAAAACUCGUGGACAGAACUGGACGGGCCUGCGAGAGUGGGAGGAAGUGUUUACGCUGAGCAGUAGCCGCCGCCGUGGUAGUAACUGCUGCUAG